CGCAGGCGCGGACUCAUGCUCCGCGCUGCGUCUCGCGCUGUGGCCCGCGCCGCGGUCCGCUGUGCGCGGAGCCGGGGCCCACCGCAGGCUCGCACCGCCAGCGCCGCCGCCAUGUCCCGGCCGCAGCGGUCCGCUUCGGGCGCCCCGGCGCGGCCCGCCACCGUGCUGGGCACCAUGGAGAUGGGGCGCCGCAUGGACGCGCCCGCCAGCGCCGCGGCCGUGCGCGCCUUCCUGGAGCGCGGCCACACGGAGCUGGACACGGCCUUCAUGUACAGCGACGGCCAGUCCGAGAGCAUCCUGGGCGGCCUGGGGCUCGGGCUGGGCGGCGGCGACUGUAGAGUGAAAAUUGCCACCAAGGCCAAUCCCUGGGAUGGGAAGUCACUGACACCUGACAGUCUCCGGUCCCAGCUGGAGACAUCACUGAAGCGACUGCAGUGUUCCCAGGUGGACCUCUUCUACCUACAUGCGCCUGACCAUGGCACUCCCGUGGAAGAAACGCUGCGUGCCUGCCACCAGCUUCACCAGGAGGGCAAGUUUGUGGAGCUUGGCCUCUCCAACUAUGCAGCCUGGGAGGUGGCUGAGAUAUGUACCCUCUGCAAGAACAACGGCUGGAUCCUUCCCACCGUGUACCAGGGCAUGUACAACGCCACCACCCGGCAGGUGGAAACGGAGCUGUUCCCCUGCCUCAGGCAUUUUGGACUGAGAUUCUACGCCUACAACCCUUUGGCUGGGGGCCUGCUGACCGGCAAGUACAAGUAUGAAGAUAAGGACGGGAAACAACCUGUGGGCCGCUUCUUUGGAAAUACCUGGGCUGAAACCUACAGGAAUCGCUUCUGGAAGGAGCACCACUUCAAGGCCAUCGCCCUGGUGGAGAAGGCCCUGCAGGCUGCCUAUGGCGCCCGUGCGCCCUCCAUGACCUCAGCGGCCCUGCGGUGGAUGUACCACCACUCGCAGCUCCAGGGUGCCCAUGGGGAUGCGGUCAUCCUGGGCAUGUCCAGCCUGGAGCAGCUGGAACAGAACCUGGCAGCGACUGAGGAAGGGCCCCUGGAGCCGACUGUUGUGCAGGCCUUUGAUCAAGCCUGGCAUCUGGUUGCCCAUGAAUGCCCCAACUACUUCCGUUAGGCCCAGCCCUGGCUUGAGGUGGCAGAGGGCACACUACGUCUGUCACUGCUCAUUCUCUUACCCUGGAGAAGCUGCUUCAUCUAGCCUGUUCUCUCCUAAUCUCAGUUCACAAAUUGUUAGUUUCCUGUAUUUUUGCAGUGUUUCCAGCUGUCCUCAUAGAGUGUAAAGGCUGGAGCUGUGAUCUACGGCCGCGUUUCUUGUCUGAAUAAAGCAGGCACUUGACCUGGGGCAGCCCCGGUCCAGGGUGAA